UAUCGUAUACUCUUUACAUAAUUUUAUAAGUAGCUUUUUUUUUCAAUACAAGACGUAAAACAAUAUAUCGUUGACAGUGAUUCAAUCCAAAUGAUUAUCGAUGUAUCGUAUCACUGAAAAUGUUUCGUCGUAAGUCAUAUUACAUGAGCCGACUAUCAAAAUCAUAUUCGUUACUCAAGAUAAUCGAUAUUUACAAUAAAAACUCAUUCAUCCGUGCAUAUAUCAUCGAUAAUGCCUUUAUUUGUGUUUGUAUGUAUAUAUUAUUCUACAUUGCGAUUUGGUAUGCUUACAAUGUUAUCCUAAAGAUAGAGCAAAAAAAUAAGGAGAUGUUUAGAACAGUUGAAAAAAACAAUUUGAGGUUAGAUGACAUGAUCAAAAUAAAAAAUAAGCGUUCUGAAUACGAAGAAGUUAUCCUUAAAGCGAAAGAAAAUCAAAAGGAAUCAAUUAAGCAAUUGGAUCACGAGAUUAACCGAGUAAACAUGGAUCUCACAUCAACAAUAACUAAACUAAAUGAGCUUGAAACUUUUUUUGAAAAGUGUCAAUUUUUGAGAAACGUCAAUGAAAAAUCGUCAAAGUUUUUGGCGCAGGACGAUUAUUGGAAAGAACUUGAUAUAGUGGCGGAUUCACUCCAAAACGUUAAGUCGGACCCAAGUAAUAAGGCCUCAGCGGGAAGUUCGCCGACCAAAUCAUCCUACCAAGUGUCAGUAUCAACAUAUCUCGCAAGGCAAGGCGAUAAUAGAAGGAAUUUUACAAAUUCAGCAAGAAAAACGUCUCACAUUGCAGCUGACACCCUUUCCAAAAUAAUAAAAUUACGUCCUGAAAUGGAUGGUACUCUUUGUUAAUUGACAGAUUAAUAUUUUCGACUCUCUUCAU